GUGUGAGCGACUGCGACUAUCGGACGACGCGCGAUCAAUUGGCAAACAACCGCAAGCGGAUCCACUGGUCACUCGCCGCCGAGAACUUGCCGAAUAUAAAUCGGAGCAGAGCAAAGCAGAUAGCAUCGAUCCAGAUCCCAGAUCCAGAUUCCAACACCAUCCCCAAAUCUUUGCAACAACACGUGCAACAUGUCGCAUCAGUGCAGCUGCGGUCGCGACCUUAACAACAACUACGUCUCCUAUACGAACGCCUACGCCAAUGCAAACACGGGACUGGACCGGGAGGCGGCAACCAACAGCGGAGGCGGUGGAAAGUCCGCUGGUCCACCCCGCACCCAGCUGACGGCCAAGGUGAUGUUCGGCACGGUGGGCGCCAUCAAGGAGCUGCGCGACAAGGAGCAGCAGCAGCAGCGGCAUGCGGCAGCGACGCGAGCUGGCGAGCGACGCAACUGAUGACCACCACGGACGUUUCCUUCGGGGGAGGAGGACGACGUGCGAUGGGGAGUGAGAAGCGGGGGCGGGACGAACGGCCAAUGGAGUCCGGUCGAGUGCUGUGCUGUGGGUUGUGUCGGGGGAUCUCUGGCUGAUCGGAAGGAUCUUCGAAGGAUCAUCAUCAUCGGAAGGAUUCGAGUUUGGAUAAAUUGAAUGUGUUCGAGUGAUUCAAAAGACUCGCAGUAUUUUGAUUUUCGAUGAUUUGAGUCUUUCGAGAAAGUCAGUUAAUUCGAAUUUUGGAUUAUUCGAGUGAUUUAGGAAAAGUCAGUUGAUUCGAAAUUGAAAGAUUUGAGUGAUUCAAAACAGUUCAGUUUAUUUGAGUGAAAUUCCAGUAAUUCGUUUCAAUUUAUUUGGAAUUUAAUUUUUUUAAAUAAUAUUUCAAAUUGUUCAAAGUAAAUUUG